CAUUAGCUUCUUAACUUUUUGAAAUGGUGUAACAAAUAUUUUUUGUUCAUAAACAAACGAACAAAUAAACAGUUUUUAGUUUUAUGAAAGUGUCAAGUGCUAUUGAUUUGUCACAGUUUGAUUGCUCAGUCUAUAAUUUGCUCAAAAAUUCUGCUAACAAAUGUCAAACGAAAUUUCCAAGACUCAAUAUUUUCAUAUACAAUUAAGGUACGAAAUCUGAAGCAACUUUUGGAAAAAAAAAAUCAUUAGAGCUUUGCUCUACAAGGCGGCAGUUCACCCAAAAUCCUGUUGCAAUGAGACCAUCACUGUACUGAAUUUAAACAGUGCACUUUAGGGCCUUGUGAAAUUUAAAAUGAAUUGUAUUGCUCUGGUUUCUUCAUGGCAUCCUAAACUGGGUACUGCGAUGCAGUUGUAAAUCGUUUUGUUUGGAUUCACAAGAUGCUGUUACAGCCCCCUCCCCACCACACUAUACUCCUGCCUCAAACAUACUUGUGACGUACUCCAGGAAGUUCCCAGCAGAACGUGCGCGCCCGCGGGAGGGGCCGAUAGAAAAUGGCGAGUCUGUGCAAACGGCAGCAAUGUACGAUCGAGAGGCGCGGCUUUCGGCAGGAACUUGACUCAUGGCGGCAUAAACUCAUUCACUGUGUAGGUUUUGAAAGCAUUUUAGAAGGGCUGUUUGGGCCAGGGCUAGUAAAAGACCUUCCUCUUUUUCAAGAUUGCGAGCCAAAGCGUGUUUCAGAUUGGUCGUUUGAUGAAAACUGUUUCUUCUGCUGUUUAAGACGAGAGAAAGUGAAGGAGAAUUUGGCUGGAUUGAACAGCCAAAUCUUAUCAGAAGUGGACAGAUAUAAGCAGGAGCAAUCCAGGAUCAUCAAACUUGAGAGACAAGCAGAAGACUUCCUCAAUGCUGUCCUCUAUAAAAGGGCAGAUUGCUCAAGCUUCUCAGAUCCCCACAUUCCUCUAGUGGCACGGGAGAUCAUGCAGCGAAUGAUUCGACAGUUCGCUGUGGAAUAUACCUCAAAAACUACUGCAGCUCAGGAUAUACCCCAUCCCCAGUCCCAACUCAACGGCACCAAGGACCAAAGUCUGCAAAAAGCACCCUCACCAGACCUGGCUGCCAUUGUGCCCACCUCCCUCAGUACGGGCCCUGGCACCAGUGUUGCUGCCUCUGCACAGAACCCUGUCCUUAGCAAGCUUCUCAUGGCUGACCAGGAAUCUCCACUGGACCUCACUGUUAAAAAGCCUGAUGUGGAGUCCAGCCACCAAGAUGGAGUCCUUGAUCUCUCUACAAAGAAAAACAAGAACCGUAGCAGCCGCUCUCUCAAACCCUCCCAUGGUUUCUCCAUCACGCCAGUAGUCAAGGGGCAUUCCCUGUUAGCUGAUCAAAACUACCAAGACACUGAUGAUGAAGAUGACUUGCAACAGAAAAACUUGCAAGAUGGGAUCCAGGAGAACCAUCCUAGCUAUACAUCUGUCAAGCCACCACUUGCCCGCUCACUUCUUAUAAAGGAGGAACUCCUGAGCCAGAAGCAUCGCUUCAGUGGACAACCUUCACCUCUUUCAUUGGCCAGCUUGGAGACUGUGAGUUUGCUUAACCACAGUCAGACACACCCCCUUCUUUUUCAGGAUGGAUCCUGGGGAAAACCUAAAUUAGAUGAUUUAUUUAAGCUCAAACAGGCCAGCAACAACCUCAGUGAUCUAAAGGACCUACCACUUUUCUUGGAGAGCCAUGGCACAGUCACCAAGAGUACCAGUGCCUCUCAUGGCAAAUCUCUAGAUCCCAUCUCCAUGAAGAAGGAAGCAGGGAACUCUCCUCCUGUGGACCUGAAAAUCCCACAAGUGAGGGGCAUGGAUCUCUCCUGGGACUGCCAUGGCAACACCUCUGAUCUCUAUAGUUAUAGCUCCAUGACAGUGAGCAGUGUCCACUCAGAGAAUUGUCUAAGCAAGAAGCUUAGGACAAUCCUACCCAAACAGAGUCGUAGGGCAGGCUUGGGCCUCCUUGAUGGAAAUGCAGUUGGGGAGUAUUGGGGCACAGAUACUGACCAGUCGACAUCUGGACCUCAUUAUUCAACCUCAGAUCCAGAAGCAGAUCCAACGGGUUCAAAACAGCCACGCAAAAAGAGAGGCCGCUACCGACAGUAUAACAGUGAGAUCCUAGAAGAAGCUAUUGCUGUGGUGAUGAGUGGGAAAAUGAGUGUUUCAAAGGCACAGAACAUCUAUGGUAUUCCCCAUAGUACCCUUGAGUACAAAGUGAAAGAAAGGAUGGGCACACUGAAGAACCCGCCAAAGAAGAAACUUAAACUGAUGAUGAGGAUGGAGAGACAAGAUUCUAGAAUCUCUGCAGAAACUGAAGCCACAUCAAAAGCAACCAGUACUCCCAGCACAGUGGAAGAGGAUCCAUUGCAGGGAGUGGGAGACAUAAAAGAUGAGUAACAUAUAAGUAAUGUUGGAAAGAAACUAACAAAACUCAUGGACUAAUUGAAAAAAGGACAGGGCUUUAAUUGUGCCAAUUUACUUUGCAGUAUCUGGGUGAGCACAACUGCAGGGAUCCAAUAACUGGGGAUAAAAAAUAUUUUUUUUUUAGCAACAAAUGCUUAUGAAAGCCAUAAGUGAAUCAAAACCAGAGGUUUUAUUAAAA